AUGCUGGUCGUGCUCAUCUUCAUCCUGCAGUAUCUUUUGGACCUAGACUUUAAAGGAGCAAUAUCGGUUUUUUUUGACGGAGACUGGUUUUUUUGUUUCUCGACACGUUGGGACUCGAACCUCGUCGACCUGCCCUGCAAAGACACCAAGCUGCUCUCAGAAAAGGAAAAAGAAACUAUAAAUGGCUAUAAAAUUGAGUCUUUCGACAUUGGGCUUGGAAUCAUCAGCGUCCUGCUGUUGCUGUGGACUGUGGCUCAGGUGGUGAAAGGUUGCUCCCGCCUCCCCCCGCCCUCACCCGCCUCCCCCCGCCCUCACCCGCCUCCCCCCGCCCUCACCCGCCCUCACCCGCCUCCCCCCGCCCUCACCCGCCUCCCCCCACCCUCACCCGCCUCCCCCGCCCGCACGCUGACGUAG